ACCCCACCAAGCUAAUGUAAUACAGACAUUUGAAAUCCUGUGAAAAUCAACAUAUCUUUGAAAGUCAUAGUUUUGUGUGUACAAUUUUGAUUAGUAGAAAGUUCAUAAUCCCAAUUAAUUAAUUAAGCCAAGGCACAUUAUCUCUCAUAUGGCUGAAAGUUUUUUUUUUUGUUUUGUUUUGUUUUUUUACGUGUGUUCUUUCUUUCUACAAGGUUAAAUUCCAAGGUGACUCCACAAUGGCUAGCUACGGUAUGUAAUAUUUUAUAUUCUAAACUUCAUUGAUUUGUUAUGGCUUUACAAGUUAUCACUCAGUAAGUAUUUGUUUUUAAUUCUCUAAUAGGUCCUAAAAGAAUGCGUGCAACUGCCUCUGAAAUUACCUGCACAGAAUCACCACUGACAGCAGAUAUGGCCAUCGUGGUGCAAACACAGAAAAUAAUGGCAGAUGUAAAUAUUAAAAUUCAAACCGUAAAAAACAUUGACCAGCCCAUGACUUCAUUAAAAACCUACAUAGUAGAUGUCAUUUCAAAGAUGGAUCAGAUAGAUAAAGACAACAGAAGAAAAGCAACAAUAGGGAUAUUUGGAAAAUCAGGAAAUGGAAAGAGCUCCCUAAUAAAUGCAAUCCUGGGAGAAGAGGAUCUACUGCCACCUGGUAGUUUAGGUGCCUGUACAGCUGUUGUUACUCAGGUGGAAGCCAAUCUGGAUGACUCCAACUACAUAGCAGAGAUCGAACUCUACUCUAAAGAGGAGUGGGACAAAAUGCUCCAAGUACUUUUCAGAGUUUUGUCAGAUGACAGUGAGGAUAGGGAUGAUGAAAUGUUUGAAAGUGCAAAAGAAAAUAUUACUGCAGUGUAUGGAGAAAAUGCAGAUAAGAAAAAACUUGAAGAACUUAAAAAAGAUGAGAAAUUUUCUGAAAUCAGCAACUUUUUGUCCAACCCUGAAAAAAUAAUCUCAAAAAGAGAAAGAUCUGACUUUGCCAAUGAAGUUGCAUGUUUCAUACAAUAUAGUGUGUCAAGUCCCGGUGGCUGGUACUGGCCACUUGUAAAGAGUGUGAAAAUCAAGAUUCCAAACUGUGAUGAACUUUUGAAACACAUUGUCCUUCUUGAUCUUCCUGGGAUUGGAGACUGCAAUAAGACUAGAGAAAACCUGUGGAAAUCUAAACUGAGAGAGUGCUCUUCUGUGUGGAUUGUAAGUGAUAUCGAACGAGCAAUCACUGACAAAGAUCCCUGGGGGAUAUUAAAGCACUGCAUUCAGGACUUGGGACCAGGAGGAGAAUGUAAAAAUAUUAGCUUCAUCUGUACAAAGACUGAUAAUAUCAAUCCAGGAGCCUAUAUGAGAUCUUCACGGCUGACUAAAGAUGAAAUAGGAAACAAGGAUCAAACAGCAGCGUGUAUACUUCACAGAAACAAAACCUCUAAGGAAUUAGUUAAAAAAAAAAUUGAAAGUUUGAAUCCUGGAACCAAAAAACUGAUGGAGAAAUUCAGCACUGAAGUUUUUACUGUAAGCUCCAAGGCAUUUUUCAAGCAAAAUUCAAAUUUGGAACCCACUGAAACAGAAAUACCAAAGUUGCAGGAAGUUCUGAAGAGUAUUAACAGGAGGAUUAAUCAAGAAAUGACCAGAGGUUAUGUCAGUGAUGCAAAGGGAGUGCUGUCCUUGAUCCAGAUUUUUUCACCGAAUACAAAUGAAGAAAUGGUUGAGACAAAGGCCAGAGUCCAUGAUAAGCUGGCGAACAAUCUAAAGAAUGCACUGACAGAGUUGGACUGUCAGUUUGUCAAAAUGUAUGAGAAUCUGGACAAGUGUCUCUCAGAGGGUGUAAAAAAAUCAGUGAGAUUAUGUGUUGCUACUGCACAGAAAGAACUGAUAGAACCUGAUAACAUAGAUAAUAGAGGAUUUCAUAAAACACUUAAAGCUCUAUGUAAGAAUAAAGGACACUAUUGGUCAAAAAACUGGUGCAUGAUCCUAGAUCUCAACGAGUGUUUGGCCACACACAUGCAGGAAAGCAUUAAUGAGGAAUUUAAUCAAAUUUUUCCUGUUAAUGCCAAAACAGAGAAAUCAUUGCAAAAACACCUUGAUAAAAUGAGUAUCAUCCAAAGUGACGAUAUAUACUGCAGAUCGUCUAUGCUGUAUCACAUUCACAACUUUAUCAAAACACGGGAAAACAAACUGAAGGCAUCACUCGGCAGAAAAGUUAUUGACAGGAAGAAGAAAAUCUACUCAUCAAUCUCAACAACGAUUCAGGAAAAAAUGGGUACUGGCUAUGAAAAAGCUGCAAAAAUAAAAGGAAAGAAUACCUUAAAGAAAAUGCAGAAAAUUCUAAGUGAUACCAUUGAGUCAUUAAAAGAUGACAUGUUCAGCGAGGUCAAAACCAUGGUCCUUGAGGAAUUCGAUAACUUGAAGCUCGAAAUAAAGAAUGACUUUGAAUUGGAGAUGAAAAGAUCAAUGGAACCCUUUCAUCUCCACACUGGCAAAACCACUCUUUUGGAUGUCUCCAGAGAGAUUGAGGAGAUUGAGCGUGUGGCAAAAUAAACAGCCACAAAAGACAACUGACAACUGGGGUGGUAGUUUUUAACUACAGAGUCUAUGCUUUUGUUAGAAUGUUUGUCUUUUAUUAUCUUUUUUUUUUUUUUUAAAGACAACAUCCCUUUCAAAACUAAAUGAUUUUGUUUAUUUUAAGGCUGGUAGAUGUUAUGGGAAAUGUAUUCCUACAAAUGUUUGGUUCAGCUUUGUUUUAUAUGCAUACUGAUUGUGGGGUUUUCUUUGAGUAUAAAAUGACUUUUUUCUGCACUAAUGCUGUAAUAGGUUACAAAAGAUACAACAAAAUGCAAAAAAAAAAGAAAGUACAGAAAAAUAAACAUGCUACUGUUAAUUGGUUAAUUGUAAGCUACCUUACAAUAUGAAAAAUUACAAAUGCUUUUUUAAUUGAUUCAAAUUAUUUUUACUGUAAAAUACUGUCAAAUUGAUUGCUUUUGGAAUUUAAAACUAUUAAUUAAUAUAAAUUAUGGUGAAAACAGUACGAGGACAUUCCCAAGUCCCUGCAUUAAACAUCACAUAUUGAUUAUAUUUUGUCUAAAUAAUUGUUUAAUCUUAUUUCUAUCAUUAAUAAACUUUGUGUUACAUUUUGUUAUUUGGUUAAUGUUAAUUGUGUUAUUUUAUUUUCGUGUGUGUUUUAUCUUUGCAUGUAUAAUCCUGUGCACAUCUGUGUAUGAAUACUGAUUUAUCAUAUGUCCUUCUUAUGUCAUGCAUAUCCGCUUGUUAAGUUGUGAUGUACUGUUUUUGGGUCCAAGCCUCCACUCUGUCGCAAGUGAGAAUACCAUGUUGAAGGAUCUAAGGAUUCUUUGUAGGAACUUGUGUGUUUUUCCAUUUAAUUAUAUAAUUGUGUAUAAUGAUCAUUUAAACCAUUUAAACACUCAUUUCAUUCAUUCAUUGAUAAAUCAUUUAUAUUAUUAUGUUUUAUAUUAUUUUUCCAUUGUUGUUUAGUCUUAUGUUUGUGUGGUUUCAAGGGCUAUUUGUCUUCAUGGGUAAGAGAUAAGUGAAUGUCUGCAUUUCAAGGUUUUUAAUGUCACAGGACAAUGUUGUAGUAUAAUAACACUUGUUGGAUUUGUGCUGGUCAAAUGAAGUCCGAGUAUUGAAACUUAAUUAUUCAAUAAACUUCAUCAUCAUCAUCAUUUCCUGCUUCUGCUCUUCUUGGGCUUUUCUCAGUCAACCUCUUGGCUGGUAGAAGACUAUUAAUACAGUUCCAUUUCGAUAUUCCACUCGUACUGCGUUGUAAGAUGCUGUAUGGGAACCAGUACAAUCACACCGUGCUAUGAUGGGGAACGACUCGGAACCAAGACUCACGUGGGAGUAAUACCCAGAGGAGUCAAUAGAAUACACCAAGCACAGGCUGAGCUAUCAGGGUCAUCUGUGGCCUGGGUGUCGUCCCCUAUAGUUUAUACCUGGUAUCCAUAUAAUAUGGACCGUUGUGGCAAUGCGGAAAAUCCGUGCCACCGAAAUCAUUUUACUUUCACUUUGUGUGUUUGGGGGUGGAGUGUUCAAUUAACGGCGGAAGGACGGAGGAUAUAAGGAAGCGUGUCAUACCUGAGAAUAAUUGCGUCAUCAGUAGGUUUGCAGUAGUGAGCGUGAAGGGAUUACCGUGUGACGUGGAAAGACUGCCGCUUGUCGAACUGUUGCUUCCUGUGAGCGAUGUCUGGUGCGUCGAAAAGUUCACUUGACUUUCAAGCGUUGCACAUCACGAUCGUCUGUUGUUAGUAAAACUGUUCUGAAGACAAGUGAUGGCUGCUCAUCCACCUGUCCUGGUGUCGGACAAAACCCGAAACACUCUCCAGUUUCCAUUAUGACUGCAAACGUGGUCAGUACCUCUAGCCGCCAACAUACACUCAUUCAUUCACUCCUACACACGCACGCACUCGCACAACAUUCACUUCCGCACUUUCGAUGUGCUUAUUGUAUUUAUGUAGUGUUAUUGGUUAUUUUUUUGCUUUAAGAUUAUUGUUUGAUGUUUUUCCUUAACUAUGAAAUGAACAAUGUUUUAUGUUUCUUUUUUCUCUCUUUUUAUGGACAAAUUAUGAUUGUGGACGCGAAUCUGCCUAUGUUGGGAACGUGAAUUAGCGUGACGCAAUUUCUGCACGGCUUCAAAAGUGAACGGAAGUGGUGAACUGUUUUUUUCACUUGUGUUUUUUUUCUCUCAUGGACAUCGUGGAAUAAAUCUUCCCCUUGUGAACAGAGUUUUUUUUCUUUGACUGUUUUUGUAAAUUAAUAUUGUAACAGGUGGCCUUUGUUUUGCUAUCCUGGGUUAACUUAAAUUGUCAGGAUUAGUCUUAACUGGCGCCCGAACAUUUCCCUUAGAGCUUAUCUAAGCUAGGGCGGCGGCCACCGUUACACCGUCCAAGUGAAGGAGGGGCUUGAACAAUGAUGGUCAAGCAAACCCAUAAGACUGCUAAACUAGCCGGAGGUGGUGAACUAAGCAGAAAGGCCGCCUCACAAAUUUCCAAAAUGGACACCCCG